GUGCGCCAGAUGUUCUGUGUUUACAAAUAGUAGAAAUGAUUUUAUUACUACAUACAACAUGGAUCACCCGGACCAAGUGUCGUCAGGAACGUGUACACACUGUGGAAAAAGAUUUGCCAGUUGCAAGCUUAAAAAUCGACACAUCAAACGAAUACAUGGAAUGGUUGCACAGGACACUCGGAGGAGUCACGUUUUAUGUCCAUUGUGUAAAGAAGGAAACGGUUUAAAAACAUAUGAAAAUUUACGGCAUCAUAUUGAACAAAUUCAUGAAGUACCAAUAGAGCAUGUGAAGUUUGAAUUUUCUAGCGAACAACAAUAUGAAGGAUGGAAAAAUGCCGAAAAAGUGGAGGCAAAGUAUGCAAAGUAUAGAACAACCUCAUGUAAGAGCUACAAAACUGUGAAUUAUGAGUGUAAUAGAAGCAAUACGAAAGGCUAUGAGAGCAACUACUGCAAGAGAACUGAGAAAGCUGGUGGCACAAUAAAAAUACCUGGAGUGUGCCCUUCAAAGUUAAUUGUUAAAAUUCAUAGUGGUGGAGAGAUAACUGUUGACUAUUGGAGAACCCAUGUUGGUCACCAAGAGGAUGAAUUAAGAUGCCAGCAUUUGUCAACAGUAGAUAAGAAUAUGGUGGUUGAAAAAUUAAAGUCUGGUAUAUCAAUAGACAAAAUUUUAGAAGAUACAAGAAAACAAGAAGGACCUAAAUUGGAACGAAUAAAUUUGUUAAAUAAAAAAGACAUUGCAUAUUUAUCCAAUAAACACAAUAUUGAGAAAAAACAAGAAAGCAAAAAUAAAAAAACUGCUGAAAAUUUUGAACAAAACUCGCAAAUUGGGGUUAAUCAUCAAGAAAAAACGGUGCAAAAGGAAGUGGAUGAAGUGCCUGAACCAAAUAGCAGAAUAAUUAAAACAGAAUAUUUAAUGAAUUGGAUAGCCAAGUUAAAUGAUGAAACGUUUGGUAGCUUUUGGGAGGACAUACAAGGAGCUAUGAGAAAGGCAGAUCAAAAAAGUAACAGAACAACUAAGCGGAAAAUAAAGAAUACUUUCCUACAAAAGAAUGUAAAAAAAUCGCAUUUGGAAUGGAAAUGAACAGGAUAAAUGAUUCUUAAAUUAAGAAACUGGGACAAAAAUGGUGCAAAGAAAAAAUACCCAUCUUGAAAAUCAGGUGAAUAUGAAAUACAUGAUUGUGUGCAGUUUUACUUGCAAACAGAAUAUGAGAAGCAGUUUGACAUUUUUCAAAUUUAAAACCUGUAAGUGGUAGCAACUAAUUUAUUUUGCUCCUUUCUAAAGUCAUCAAGUAGUCAUCAAAAUUGUCCCCAUCUAGCGAUAAAAAAUUGAAAAACAAACGAGUCGUAACAGCGCCACCUAGUGGUGGUUGAAAACUUUCAACUAUUUUGACAGGUGCUUUUGUUAUCAUUUUAUGUGCGCCUUAUAUUGCAUUACAUAAGUAUAUUUACUUGUAGUAUGUUAAAUUGUUGCCUUUUAAGCCCUCAACAACCACCGAACAAGAGGUUAACCAAGGUCGGAUCGAAAAAAAAAAUUGUCUAGAUAAAAAUAACUUCUUAUGUUGGCUGAAUAAUUUUAGGUAAUCAGUGAAAUUUUAGAAUUUAGUUUGGUGGCGUUUGUUGAUCGUCAGAAUGUUCAAUCUUAUAGAGCCGAAUUUAUAUUUGGGUUGUCGACAAGCAGCUGAAAACGUAAAUAUACUUAACAAACACAAAAUUACACAUAUCUUGACUAUUGAAGAUAAACGAUUAUCGCCCAAAAUCACAAAUAAUGAAUCUUUCACUACAAAAUUUAUUUUUCUCUAUGAUUUACUGAACCAAAAUCUACUAAAUCACCUUGAGGACACCUACGCGUUCAUCUUGGAAGGAAUGUUAAAAGGAACUGUAUUAGUUCACUGUCUCAUGGGCGUCUCCAGAAGCGCCUCCGUUGUAAUAGCCUUUAUGAUGAAGAAAUACCAGUUAACAUAUGAAGAAGCCUAUGAAAAAGUCAAUCAAAAAAGAAGAAUAUAUCCGAACCCAGGUUUUGAAGCUCAGUUAAAAUUAUAUGAAGCAGUUGGUUGUCAGCUGGAGGCUAAGGAUAUCAGUAACAAAUUAUUCAGAUUAUACAUAGCAGCUAGAGAAAUUAAUAGUCAUGGUUUUCUAAGUCAAGAGUUCUUAGAUUUAUUUACACCAGAUCCUGGAGUAACUGCAAAGACUGAAUUUAACUCUGAACAAUGUGCCUAUUUCUGCAGCCAGUGCUCGAGGGGUCUAGCGACCGAAUCGAGUUUAAUCCCGCAUAAAAAUAACGAUGAAAUUUGUGAAAAAUCAUAUUUUGUAAUGCCAAUAGCCUGGAUGAAGGAUGCUUCUAAAACUAUAAAAUAUACGCUAUUCUGUCCAAAUUGUGACACCAAAGUGGGGUCGUUUAGCUGGGGUGAAGACGGUAUUCAGUGUGAAUGCUCUUUUAAAAUUUCUCCGGCCUUUUGUUUAACAGCGCCUCAGGUGAAAUGUCUUUCAAAAUAAGUUUGUUAUUUUAAUCGUGUUUCUUUGUAAAAUAUAUAUAGUUUGUUAAAAAGUGGUAUUCUAAUUUUAUUGUCUCUAUUUUAACCUAUUUGUAUUUGUUUCCAACCAUUUAAUUUUAAUAAAACGAUUUAUAUUCCUA